AUGAUUCUGGAUAAUGGCCGUAUCUUACGUAUCAUAAAAUUAGAUCAUGAUAUUGAUACCGCAGUAUACCAAUGCAAUGCGUCGAAUCCCUUUGGAUAUGUUUUUGGAAAUGCAUUCGUGAACGUCCGAGCAUAUGCGCCACGUUUCAAGAUGCCAAGCCAUCGGAUCUGGAAUGUGGUACGGAAAUCAACGGUUGAGAUGCCGUGCGAUGUGGAUGCGGCUCCGGAAGCAGCCAUCAAAUGGGUGGAUGCUAACGAUCAUUCUAUCGCUGUCGUUCCCGGAAAAAUACAUGUUAGCCUGCUCCCGCGUGUCAGCUUUCUCCAUGCCGCAAUAUAUGCGAAGCUCAACUAA